AUGCUUUCCAGGAUUUUCUUUGCUUGUGUGUUUGUCGGUCUGUAUUGCGCAUGCUCCCCGCUUAACUGCAGGUGGAUGGAUCAUAAAUUCAGACAAUACAGCAAAAACGCCUUAGAUCUGCUGGAUAUGAUGGCUAAUAACAGCACUAACAGCACUGAGGAUGAAGAGCAGCACACUGUGGCCUUCCCUCACCAUCUGUACACUCAGGUGUCCAAAGCAACAGCUGAAGGUAAAUUUGCCUUCACAGUUCAGAUCCUGAAGGAGGUUUGUGCCCUGUUUGAGGAAGAUGACAGCUCUUCAUCAUGGCAGGAGAUCACAGUGGAGCACUUUCUCAAUGUUGUCAACAAACAGGCUGAUGAACUUCACUCCUGUAUUAAAGGCCAUGGCCACAUGAAGAAGAAGAACACCAAGCUUCACUUGUAUUUCAAGAGGCUGUCAAAUGAAAUCCUGACGAAAAUGGGCCACAGUGCUGAAGCCUGGGAGCUCAUCAGGAGGGAAAUCAAAGACCAUCUAAUAAGAGCAGACCACCUGGUUUCUUCUCUGCUCACAUCCAACUGA